AUGCCGCGGCUCCUCUGCUUGGGUCUGCUGUGGCUCGGGCUCCUGCCGGGGCGGUUCUCCGGUGAGCAGAGCGACAGCAGCAGAGCCAGGAAGCUGUGCGGCAGGCACCUGCUGGAAGGAAUAGUAAAACUCUGUGGCCAAGAGGACUGGAGCCACUUCCAGGAGAAUCCCCCUUUCACGCAGCUGCUUUCCCAGGUCGCCGAGAAGGUUGAAAGCUUCAUACCCGACCGGUUAGAAAGCUCCCAAACCACUUUCCCGGUCUGGGGGAGAGGCACAAACGCAGUGUCUACUUCUGCCUCUCAGGAAGAAGCAAUAAACAGUUUGGAGAUGCCGUCACUGCCUGAGUUUAAGAAGGCCAACAUUCUACCUAAUGAGACCAGAGAAGUUUCCUUAUCACGUGGUAUCAAUUCAUAUAUUCAUGAGAGUGUAGAAUUUCAGAAGAAAAAUACAAACAAAGUUAAAACCUUAAGCAAAUUGUUUUGGGGGAAUCAUCCCCAAAGAAUACGCAGAGGGUACUCAGAAAAGUGUUGUCUUAGAGGAUGUACGAAAGAAGAACUUAGUAUCGCAUGCCUUCCAUAUAUUGAUUAUGAAAACUUAAAAAAGGAGCAUCAGCUGUGA